AACUUUGAAAUGCCCCAUUAAUGACUCUCGGGGGAAGAUCAUCUGCACUCAUUUAGUGUGAGAAACAAUGAAUAAUCAAUUUCGUGGGUCGCGUCCAAGUUAACGAGAAGAUGAAAGAUAAGUUUCUCAUGUGUCAGAAACCAAGCAAGGCGAAGCAGACCAAAGACCCAAGAGUCUCUCUCUGUCUCCGGGGAGAGUUUUUGAGUUGUUUAUAUGUUGGAAACGACGAGGCAGAGGCAGUGAAACCGCCCAUUAACUCCCCACAACUUGGUUUUUUCUCCUGUUUGCUGCUGCUCUCGAUUGGGGCUCCUGUUUUGUAUGGAUCUGAAAACAGAUUCACUUCCGUUUGCAAAACGCACAACCGGCCAGCCCUGCCCUUCUUACCAAAUCACAACAGGACAACCUCAAUGCAUACAAACGCAAGGCAACCCAACACAACAAACGAAAUCAAGAAGGAAACAUUCCUCACAUAUGGCCUCUUCCUCUUCUUGCCCUUCUUCUUCUGCUGUGGUUUCCACGUUUGUUGUUUUCCUCACCCUUGCCUCUGUCCUUAGCCCUUCCUUCUCUGCACACGCCCCGACAGGCUCGGCACAUGACCUCCCGGUCAACCAAACAUUUCAGCCGAGCAGACAUUCGCAGGGGCUGAAGGGACGCAUCAAUGCGUAUCUGAGAAAGAUCAACAAACCAGCUGUCAAGACUAUUCAGAGUCCUGAUGGUGACUUGAUAGACUGCGUUCUCACCCACCUUCAACCAGCUUUUGACCACCCUGAGCUCAAAGGGCAGAAGCCAUUGGAUCCACCAGAGAGGCCUAGAGGAAAUGAAUCAGAAGAAGCAACCGCACAUGCCUUUCAGCUAUGGACAGACAGUGGCGAGUCAUGCCCAGAAGGGACCAUUCCAGUCAGAAGGACCACAGAGAAGGACAUUUUAAGAGCUAGUUCCAUCCAAAGAUUUGGAAGGAAGAUAAGAAGAAAUGUGAGAAGAGACUCGACGGGCGCUGGCCACGAGCAUGCAGUUGUUUUUGUGAACGGUCAACAAUAUUUUGGGGCAAAGGCCAGCAUAAACGUGUGGUCGCCUAGCGUUACGGACACGUAUGAGUUCAGUUUGUCGCAAGUCUGGGUUAUCUCUGGUUCUUUUGGCAACGACCUUAAUACCAUUGAAGCCGGAUGGCAGGUCAGUCCAUUAUUAUAUGGAGACAAGAAUCCGAGGUUUUUCACUUACUGGACAACUGAUGCAUACCAAGCAACUGGAUGUUACAACUUGCUCUGCUCGGGCUUCGUCCAAACCAACAACAAGAUUGCUAUCGGUGCUGCAAUUUCCCCGAGGUCAUCCUACAACGGAAAACAAUUUGAUAUUGGUGUGAUGGUCUGGAAGGAUCCAAAGCAUGGACACUGGUGGCUGGAGUUUGGUUCAGGGCUUUUAGUUGGGUAUUGGCCAGCAUUUUUGUUCAGUCACUUGAGGAGCCACGCCGACAUGGUGCAGUUUGGAGGAGAAAUUGUUAAUACCAGAUCGAUGGGGUUUCAUACAUCCACGCAGAUGGGUAGUGGCCAUUUUGCAGAAGAAGGAUUCGGGAAAGCGUCCUACUUCCGAAACUUACAGGUCGUGGACUGGGAUAAUAAUUUACUUCCUCUUUCGAACCUCCAUAUUGUGGCGGAUCAUCCAAACUGCUAUGAUAUCAAACAGGGGAGAAACAAUGUCUGGGGGACUUACUUUUACUAUGGAGGUCCUGGAAGGAAUGUAAGAUGUCCAUGAACAGUGAACAGAAUGAUAUAGGUUAGAGAGUGUCAUUUAUUCUUUUUUUUUCCACCCAAUUUUUCAGGGAAUUAGCUCAUCACCAUCCCAGUAUUCACGUGUUUUUUUGGGUCAAUUUUCCUUUUUUGAUAUUUCAUUAUUACUUUUAAAUGGUUACUGAUCAAUUGUCCCACUUUGGGACUAUGUAUAUGGGAAAUGAUUGAGGUGUUAAUAAUACUGGUUUGUGGUUUUGUGUCA